CACAUUUGUGAAUAAACAGUAUUUGUUUAUUAUAUCUGGUUUUUUACCGUUUAUCACCUUGUUUGCUUAUAUGGAUGUUAGAUGGACAAAAAUUACUUACGAUUAAGCUUGUACCCUGCUAAGUAGCAUAGUGAAUGGUGAUUAAAGGAUAGUUUGGAUGCUACUGAAAAAGUAUUUGUCUCUAAACUAAGAGUUAGGAAAAGAAGCCCUUGAGAGGAUGACUGAUGACGAGUCGUUUGAAGGAGACGAUUGGGAUAGCCUGGAUGUGCAAGCGGUAGAUGAAAUUGAGCAUAAAUUACAAAACAACACCAUUGGAUUACAAGGGUAUUCAGUCGAUGAAUAUUUAGAGGUGAAUGAUCAGGAACCACAUCGAUUACAACACGAACUUGAUCGAGAUGCUGCUCAACAAUGGAUCUAUCCAAUCAACGUGUCAUUUCGGGAUUAUCAAUUCAACAUAGUCAAAAAAGCACUCUUUCAAAACGUUUUGGUUGCUUUGCCGACAGGCCUCGGAAAAACGUUUAUAGCUGCGACGGUGAUGAUGAAUUACUUUCGAUGGUUCCCCAAAAGUUAUGUUAUAUUUAUGGCUCCUACAAAACCAUUAGUGACUCAGCAAAUGGAAGCGUGUUAUAAAAUAACAGGAAUUCCACGAAAGAAAACGGCAGAAUUGAGUGGUCAAGUGCAGGUUGGUAUCCGAAAUCAGUACUAUCAAGAAAGAAAUGUAUUUUUUGUAACUCCUCAGACACUUUUAAACGAUAUAAAGCAUGGAAUUUGUGAUCGCACAAAAGUAUCAUGUUUGGUUAUUGAUGAGGCGCAUCGCAGUACUGGAAACUAUGCUUAUGUAGAGGUUGUUCGUCUGCUCUACUUUGGAAAUAAAAACUUUCGAAUCUUAGCGUUGAGCGCAACCCCGGGAAGUAAGAUUGAUACUAUCCAAAACGUUAUCGACUCCCUGCACAUUUCUUGCAUAGAAAUCCGUAAUGAAACUAGCAUCGAUAUCGCUCAGUAUGUACAUAAAAAGGAAGUGGAUAGAAUUCUAGUGGACUUAUCUCCGGACAUAAUAGACUUAAGGGAUCGCUUUGCGUCUCUUUUAGAACCAAUGCUGUUAAAGUUGAACCAAGGAAAUAAUUACCGAGUACAAAAUGCGAGAGACAUUAAUUCGUUUACUCUAGUACAAGCAAAACAAGCUUUUUUAGCUACUUCCGGGCAAAACUUUGCAAAUAACCAACGUUGGGACAUUUUAAAUACAUUUGACGCACUUGCUACCUUUGCGUAUCCUCUUAAUUUACUAAUGAAUCAUGGUGUCAGGCCCUUUUGCGAAAAGCUUCAAGAAAUUGAAGAAGAAUGUUCCACAGGGCGAGCAGGUUAUAAAAGAAGGAUUUUGUCGAAUCCCGAAUUUAAAUCUUUAAUAGUCGAUACUAAAAAUUUGCUUCAGAAUAAUGAUUUUUAUGGGCAUCCGAAGCUUGAACACCUGCAAGAAAUUGUAGUAAAUCACUUUGACGUGGGAAGUAAAGACAAUGGAAACACCAGAAUUAUGAUUUUUGUCGAGAUUCGAUCCAGUGCCGAAGAAAUAUUUCGAAUACUAAGUCGGCACUAUCCUAUUGUAAGGCCGGCAAUUUUCGUUGGUCAGUCUUCAGUUCGAAAGACCACAGGAAUGUCUCAAAAAACACAAAAUGAAACAGUGAAACAAUUCCAGAAAGGUGAUUUUAAUACACUGAUAGCUACUUCUAUAGGUGAAGAAGGUUUGGAUAUUGGAGAAGUCGACAUGAUUAUUUGCUACGAUGCCUCUUCGUCACCAAUUCGAAUGCUGCAGCGGAUGGGUAGAACUGGUAGAAAGCGUAAUGGUUAUAUUUACAUGCUCUUAACACGAGGAAAAGAAGAAGCGAAAUGGGAGCGUGCCAAAGAUGCUCAUAAAAAAAUUCAAGAUAAUAUUAUUAAUGGAAGGGGGCUCGUUUUGUCCGAUAAAAAUCAUAGAAUUCUUCCCAAAGAGAUUCAGCCUGUGUGCGAAAAAAAGGUUGUGGAGAUUCCAAAAGAAAAUGUUGCUCCUCUUGUGAGUUCAAAUGAAAAACAAAAAGCAAAAGCGAAAAAGAAGUUUUUUAUGCCAGAAAAUGCAUUGCACGGUUUUGUACAAGUAUCAAGUCUUACAAAGCCUAAACGUUCGUCUACUGUUGAAGAAGCUUUUGAAAUUUCUGAAGAUGAUCUUUCUCCCAAACAUGAUGAACAAUUAUUAUAUUAUAGACAAGUUCCAAAGAGGACGAUAGAUAUACAUAAAGGACGAGAUUUUAAAAACAUGAAUACGACGGGCCGGGUCCCCCAUUCCUUGGCUUUGAAAUGCAUACAAUCAUCUUUGAAUAAUAUGAGUCGGCACAAAGAUUCCUCGAUAACUUAUAAAUGGAAAGAUAUAUAUCAACAGAGUCUGAAAGAAGAAACCAUGAAUGAUUCUUCUCAUAAGAAACCGAAGAUGAAUGAUAUAAAGCAACAUUUGAAUGCUAGCUUAGCAAGAGAAUCUAGACUUUUGUCAAAAGAAAGAUUAGAACACCGAAAAUUACACCAAUUGGAUAACGAUGUUAACGCGGCAACUACAGACGAAAACCUAGAGAAAGAUCUUCCAAAUUUAAACCUUACAUCCUCCCAAAAUUAUAGAAAUAGAGAUACCGGUUCUUAUACGGAUAGACAACAUCGCCUUCAGCAGUUAGUGGAAAGGCGUAAGCGAUCCAAAGGAAUGUGGGUAUAGAAGGGAACAGAAUCAUUCAUUUAUUUUAUUUAUUUUUACUUUAAUUACAAAUUUUUAAUUUUAUAAUCCAAUUCAAAGAGAUAGUCAUAGCAUUCCAUUUGUGUUUUCGACUUUUCCCAUGUGGAUCCCCAACUUAUUGCUCCAUAACCGCGAAUAAGAAUUGCAUUGGUUUCUGGAUAUUCUUCAAGCGUUUCUUUAAUACUUUCAAAAAUUCCUUCAAGGGUGUCAUUGUGUAUUACUAGUUUAGAACAAUCGUUAGUAUCGAUACUUCAGCGGCACAUUAACAAACUUACUUGGAACUUUCAGAGAGUCAAAACAACAAAGAUAACCAUUGCUAGGUUGUCCCUUGGGAAUUCCUUUAAUCAUCUCUUUCGAUUGAGUAUGAAAGUCUUUUCCGUUGUAAAGAGAAGCACCAAGGGCAGCAAGAGAAGUGGAUAAAAUACAAGCCACAGCGUUCCUUUUCCUGUUUUAUUUCUUAGAAAUAUAUUCAUAACAUUAACUUACUCUAAGAUGUAGGCAAAAACCUUAGACCACACAACAUCGGUAUUCUUGGAAGAAUCGCUAAGCGAUUGUUAGUCAAAUACAGCCCUUAAGCAAUUUAAAGGAUAAUAGUUUUUAACCUAUAGUUGAAACAAACCUUAAAGAGAAUUGGGCAAGGUCUCCUUCCUGUAGCAUGUCUCUUUGAAUACGGUCUUUAGCACAGACUACUUGAUCGCUGGAAACGAGUCAGUAAGUAAAAAUUUAUAAAAUUGUGAUAUUACCAAUUUCUUAGACAAAAGUUUCCGCUAUGUACAGUUAGUUACGAGUAUUAUAGUUUUAACAAAGGCGCUUACCUCCCAAACCUCAUCCAUCCUUGUCUAUAAAAAUGAGGAAUCAGUUCCAAAACCAAAUCUUUUUCUUUUUGUUGGAUCAUUGCAAUGGUAUUCAGAUCUAUUCCUUACAACGGAAAUCAAUCCCUUUUUCUAUAAGUGAAAGAGGUGGUCCACUACCCUG